UGGUUUUAUCGAACACUGACACGGCUGAGUGCUGACGCCUGACGCACACGCUCACGGGCCACGGCUCACGGAGAGCACACGACUCCAACCAGAGACAGGCAGCGCCCUCCGCGAGUUUUCCCCACGCUCAAUGGCGGCUGAUUCACGCAUCUCUCUCACAAACACACGCGCUCUCUCUACAGUCUACUCUACUCGCUACUCUCACUCGCGGCCCCGCACAGUAUAUAGCACAGCUCAGCUCCAGAUCGUCGCCUACUCCGUCCGAUGUAAACAUCCACACCUUCAAUGUUAAUUGACGAGCAUUGAUCAUCGCAUCGCCACAUGCUCGGGCCUUACUGGGUGCAAUGACUAACGUCCUCCUGCAGCUCCCGAUAGUGUCGUGCGACAAUCUUAGGCUACGCUCCUGCUGCAGCUGCUGAGGGACACUUUGUGUCUGCUAGAAUUGGCAAACAAUCGACGACUCACGGACGUUCAACAACACAGACAUUCAAAAUGUCUCAGACAACGACCAUUGAAACAGUCACAAUCACCCGGCCAUUGAAGUGCAGCGUAGCAGUGGCGUCGUCGUAUACCCUCAAGAGCAGCAGCAGCAGCAGCAGCAGCAGCAGCGGCGGCGGCAGCAGCGGCAGCAGCAGCAGCGAGAGCAGCGGCCACAGCAGCCCGACGGCCCGACUGAUCCAGCAGCAGAAGCGCCGGCUAUCGAGCCUCGCGGCGACGGGCCCCGAUAACGCGGCCCGCGGCAGCAUCAUCAUCGGCAGCGCCAGCCGAGCGCCGAGGCUCCUGCAGCAGUACACCUGACGCGCCGCCGCCACCGCCGCCGCCGCCGCCGCCGCCGCCGCCGAGGCUCCGCUCUUACCCCGGCCAGCCGCUGACUACCCAGCCAAGACGCUCACCUCCGUCGCCCUCGUCGCUGGCGGCAAGACCCGCACGCAGACCGUCAACAUGAUCAUGUACACCGUCGCCGACGAGCACAUGGGGGAGAACGAGAUCGCCCAGGUAAUCGCGUUCAUAUGCGGGGUGAUCGUGAUACUGCUGAUGAUAAUGGGCCUGGCGUCGACGGACUGGCUGAUGUCGCUAGGCUGGCGGCAGGGGCUCUUCGCCCACUGCAUCGAGGAGGGCGCGCCUACGCCUCUGCCCUUCAACAUGCCCGAUCCUCCCGGCUGCUAUCAGGCCAGGGACGUUGGCUACAUCAGAGCGGCCGCGGCCCUGUGCGUGGUGUGCCUGCUGGCCGACAUAGCGGCCACCGUGCUCACCGGCCUCGGGCUCAGGUGCCAGGAUCACUGUGACAAGCGCAAGUACUACAGAUUCGCGGUCUUCUGCAUGGGGAUCGCCCUCGUCUCGCUCCUGAUAGCGCUGGUCAUCUACCCCGUGUGCUUCGCUGCCGAACUCAACUUCGGCAACCGACCGAUGUGGGAGUUCGGCUGGGCGUACGGCGUCGGCUGGGGCGCAGCGAUCUUCCUGUUCGGCGGCGCAGUCCUGCUGCUCUGCGACAAGGAGAGCGAGGAGAUCUACUACAAGGAGCGCAAAAUCGUGCGCGACGACAUCGGCAGCGGCGCCGUCGCCGUGGGCAUGGCUGGCGCCGGCCACGGCCACGGCCACGUCGGCCACCACAUGGUCGGCAACAACAGCUACGCCGGAGCCGGCAACUCGAUGAUCGGCUCGGGCCACCAUCACGGGGUGAGAAGCGGGACCCAACUCGCCUAGUGGCAUUGCUCCCUGCCCGACGUUGUUCUCUAGGGCUGAGGCGCGCCGACGAGGCGCGUCGCUACCUGCAGCCCAGUCAGCACGACACUAGAGCAUCACGAGACAACAUCACACACGAGCCAGAGAGGACGGAACAGACGCAUGGAGAGGAGAGAGAAAGAGUGUCUAGCGACAAGCUGAGAAUUACCACACACACACACGCACACACUUCCACCAUGCUUCUACUGCUACUGCUGCUACGUACUGCAAAGUCGUCAUCCUCAUCGUUCGCUCAUUCGUGUCCCAGACAUCGCACGCGCGGCUCUGCCAACUCUGCGGACACUUGAGGACGCCCCCCCCCCUCCCCUUAUUUUUCACGCCAUCUUCGCUGCCCCCGAGGAGGGAUACUCGGACGAAAUCGCUCUAGACCGCGCUCGAGUAGAAGAGAUACGAACUGCGUAUGUGCAAAAGACUGAUGACGAGAAUCGUUAAUUCGAGCCCGCGCGAUUCCCCGAAAGGAAUUCGAACAGCUCCUGCGAUCGAAUGUACGCGACAGGUGCAGCGCGUAAUAUAACGCGACUCGCCGGAAGCCCUGCGAGUGAUUCCACUCCCUCCCGUUCGCUCGGCUCAUCAAAGCUGUUCGCCGUCUAUUCUGCCAACUCGAUCGCACUCGCGCGAUGGAAAAACUUGUAUCCCUCCGAGCCCCCUUCAUCUCGAUCGCGAUUUUCCAGCUUCGUCUUGAUUGCGCGCCGAUCAUUGAUUCGCGAGGCGGUCAGUAGUUCGUUAUGUGUAUUCCCGGGAGAUACGAGUUUUGGGACCAUCGAUUACCGAUAUCGCGCGCGCGCGCGCGAGCUCACAGUAGACACGUCGCAUACACGUACGAUACGUAUACAGAGAGAGAGAGAGAGAUAUGCAUACGACUAUUUUCGUAUUAAAUUAUACGCGUCGAGGAGUUUGAGUUUCGAAGCACGCGGCCACGCGCGCUCGCGUUUGUCCUGGUUUCGGAGGAUGCGAGUAAUUGAUAUAGCGUGUAAUCCGCGCCCCCCGAUACGUUUAACAAUUUAAUCAGGCAGCUCUGCCGCGUGCGCUCAUCGAUUUCGAAUAUUCGGCUAUGCGCUGAGAAAAAAUUCGCCCGAAUCAUCGAGCCGCAGUUUAUAAUAAACGCGAGCGAUCGAUCAAGUCCAAAUUAAGAGCUCGUCGGUUUAAUUAUUUUCGAUACCGUACAUCUGCGUACACGUUUCGGCAACCAGGGCAAGCGAGCGCGUUCGCCACGCUCUCGUUAUCGUUUUCGGCCGUCGAUCCUCCGAUUGAUUUUCCGUUUCGCCGUUUCUCGAGUAAUAGAUGAAAAGCUAAAAGUAGUUCGUGGGAAAGUGGGAGAUGGGGACGCAACCAAAAAAAAAAAUAUAUAUAUAAAAAGCGAGAAGAUAAAAUCGAGCAGCCCGCGCGAAAAGGCAUUAUAGCAGCGCACUGUCCAGUACGAAAACGUGAUGAUGAGAAAUAUACUUUUGAUAUACCGAGAGGCUUUGGCUUAGUUUAGCGGGAUGAAAACGCUCGUGUAGUCGCGAUUAUCGUUUGCUGCGUGUAUGCAUAUACCUAUAGGAAUGCGCGAGAGUUCGAUGUACUUAUACGCGCGCGUCAUGCCGAAGUUGCUUGUUUUGGCUUCGCGAGGAAUGAGGAUUUAUCGAUUUGUACCUUACCUUUUUCUCUCCGAUCGUCGAUUGACCGCCGCUAUUAUUGUUACGUACGUUGCAUACCUCAAAACAUGCAUCUUUCACAGCAGACCUCGGAAUGUGACUUUUCACCAUACGACUCAAUUCCUCUUUCGUUUUCGUCUCCCUCAUUUGGCCGGACAGCUCUUAUAUUUGUGUAUACCUUGUAAUAUACACGCGCUAGGAUUACGCGACUUAAUUUAUUCACCUAUAUAUCAUAUCAUAUUAUUAGUAGUAUAUUAUUUUGUACGUUAGUUUUCUUUCCUUUCUUCAGCCGUUCACCGUUUUUUAUCGCAGAAUUUUCGACUUCUGCUCGAGACAAGAUUGUAUACAUGCUCGUAUUACUGAUUAUACUAAACUUGAUCGCGUUCGUCUGCAAAAAAGCAAGUCCUUUGGUUUUACGGAUAUCGAACCGGCACAAAAAGAUUUAUACACUGUAUGAUUCGAAGCGAAAAAACUGCCAGGACGCGCGGACUUUGUGAAAUUCGCAAAGUCUGCCGUCAUAGUUUUCGACAUUUGUACUGUUGGCUGGUUUCCUUUGAUCCAGCUUUGUUAUUCUAGUUCGACAUAUCUUCAUCGUGUAGAGGCAGCUAAAAGAGUAUAUAUACAUAUAUCGUAAGAAAUUCAUCGAUGACAAAAUAUAGUAAUUGCAUUUAGUUUUGCGUCAGGGAAUCCGUCGAAUCUUCCGUGUUAUCAUUAUGUUUAUUAUUAUUUGCAAGUCUUAAUUGCAAAAGAAAUUAGACUACGUGAAUUGUGUACAAUGGACUUGAAGUGUUUAUUUCGAUUAUGUUUAUUGACGAUUCAAUGCAUUUGAGUAUACAUGUAUACAUCCUCCGGCCUUUCACUCCGUUGCAUUGUCCAUCCCUUCGUUACGAACCGAAGCGCGCAUUUUCGUCUGACUCAUUAAAUACGUACAAUAUCAGUUGUUCAUCCUGGAUUCGUAAAUAACGAAAAGACACAAAGGUAACAAGCAAAACGGAGCACAGUGUUUGAAAGUGUGAGUAGAGAGGCAGCUCGGGCAGGUUAUACUGAUCCACUGUGUUGAAGAAAAAAAAAAUAAACACUGCAUUACAUACGUGUAUAUGUAUAUAAUAUAUAGAAAUUUUAUAAAUAUUUGUAAUAGGAGACGAUAAGUGAUCGAAAUGAUUAUCGCCAUUUAACGCAAGUAUUACAGUUGCACCAAGGAUAAUCUAAAGACUAGAUUAUGCUUUGUAGAGUAGAUAGCGUAGAUCUUAAGAACUUAACAAGUAUUUUUGUUCCGACUCGGGGAAACAGUCCGCUUGACUUCAUUCCUUGUCAAUUGUUAAGAAAAUAUGAUGAAGAGAAAGAUUAAAUUGAAUACAAUCGAGAUUUUUGCAUUGCGAAGAAACUUUUAACUGAACGAAAAAAAGGAAGAAAAAAUAACAAACACCAUGUUGUACCAAAACUAAUGUCGAAUGUAAAACAGCGAUGAGAUUUCUAUAUGCUAGUUUAAGUCUUUUUUAAUUAAGAUACCUUAUGUAAAUUGCGCUAUUAUAAAUAAUUUAAAUUUUAAAACUAUCAAAGUAAAUAUUACAUUGUAAUUAAGUGCUAAGGUACUGAAGUGGAGGAGUUUUUUAAAUUUUUAUAAAAUAUUCAUGUUGUCAUUAAACCACGUACAAAAAAAAUAUCAAUUUGGCAGAAGAUUUGUUCUCUUUUUGUGCAAAAUCGUAUUUUUACCAAAAGAAAACUUAUCCUUGUACAAUAUCACCGACAUUUUUUCGAGUCUCAGUACCUUAGGAUUAAUCUCGAUACCGACUUGUGAAAACCAAUAAGUAGCUAGACGCAAAAAUCUUCCAAAGUAGAACUUUUUUUCUGCACAGUUGAUGAUGAUUCUACAAUGUUACAAGUUGUCAAUAUAUUUGAUUUCAUAUUUUGUACUAUUACAGAUAACAAUCAUUGCAAAUUAAGAAAAUACAUUAAGGGCAUAGACGUGUAAAUCAUUUAAAUAUUACGCUAUAUGAAAUUAAUAAAUUCUAAGGAGAGACAAGGGGAGAAUCAUGUGCAUGUCGAUUAUAAUUAUUGUGCAGAUUGAUGUAAGCUAGUACUCAGGCAUUAUUUCACUCGAGUGAAAUAAAACCAUUGUUAAUCAUCUCAUUCAGAAUGAUAUAUUUGUUAAUCAGGCAUUACCAUAGACAACUCAUUAAGAAAUUAUAUUGGAAACGUAUUUCUCAGCAUUUUCACGUUGGACAGUACACACAUAUCAUUGCAUAAAAUGGUAAGGAAAAGAAGCAGCGAAAAAUUUAUGUAACUGAAGAUUGAAUCUAUAUCGAGAGGUGGUGUCAUUGUAGCCACAUAAAAGAGAGCAAUUGUAGAAUAUAGAGCGAAUAGUAUCACAUGUUACAAUUGUUUGUAUAUCAUACAUCGAUGUAAACAUAUGUCACACAGUAUUGUACAAAGAAAUAAAAUUAUAUACCUAUAUACUAAUAAACCUAAACUUGUGAA